GUACUAGAGCUACCAAAAACGUUUGCUGCACAAAAAAACAAAACCAAUUAAGAUGGCGGCAACGUUGUCAACCUUAACGGCGCUAGCAGGGGAGACGGCUCUGCAAUCGAGCUUCGUGAGGGACGAGGACGAGCGUCCGAAAGUGGGUUAUAACGACUUCAGUGACGAGAUUCCGGUGAUAUCCUUGAAGGGCAUUGAUGACGUCAAUGGCCGGCGAGUCCAAAUCCGAAACGACAUUGUGAAGGCGUGUGAAGAUUGGGGGAUCUUUCAGGUGGUUGAUCAUGGGGUUGAUGCCGGGCUCAUCGGAGAAAUGACCCGCCUUUCUAAGGACUUCUUCGCCUUGCCGCCGGAGGAAAAGCUCCGGUUUGACAUGUCCGGCGGCAAGAAAGGCGGCUUCAUCGUUUCCAGCCAUCUCCAGGGUGAAGCGGUGAAAGAUUGGCGGGAAAUUGUGACGUAUUUCUCGUACCCAGUGAGGGCAAGGGACUAUUCAAGGUGGCCGGACAAGCCGGAAGGGUGGAGGGCAGUAACGGAAAAGUACAGUGAAAAGUUGAUGGACUUGGCAUGCAAACUGCUGGAGGUUUUAUCAGAGGCAAUGGGAUUGGAGAAGGAAGCGUUGACCAAAGCCUGUGUGGAUAUGGACCAAAAAGUGGUGGUCAAUUUCUACCCAAAAUGCCCCCAGCCUGACCUAACCCUUGGCCUAAAACGCCACACAGACCCUGGAACCAUCACCCUUCUGUUGCAGGAUCAAGUUGGCGGUCUCCAAGCCACCAAAGAUGGCGGCAAAACAUGGAUCACUGUUCAGCCCGUUGACGGCGCUUUUGUUGUUAACCUCGGCGACCACGGCCACUUUCUGAGUAAUGGGAGGUUCAAGAAUGCGGACCAUCAAGCGGUGGUGAACUCAGAACGCAGCCGGGUGUCUAUAGCGACGUUUCAGAAUCCGGCGCCGGAGGCGACGGUGUACCCGUUGAAGGUGAGGGAAGGGGAGAAGCCGAUUAUGGAAGAACCCAUCACGUUUGCAGAGAUGUAUAGGAGGAAGAUGAGCAAGGAUCUGGAGCUUGCGAGGCUCAAGAAGUUCGCAAAGGAGCAGCAGCAAAUCAUAAAGGCUGCUGCGGAUAAGAACUUGGAAACUAAACCUAUUGAUCAAAUUCUUGCUUAAUAUGGAUUCGGCUGUUAUUUACUAAUUAUGCACUAUGGUCACUGAGUAUAUACUAAUAAUAAAUUCAGGAGUUUUCCUCCAGAGUUAUAUACUCCA